AUGCUAGGGUGUUUGGUCCAUAAGAGAAUAAUACGUUGCGGCGGAGCAGUUGAUGAUGACAUGGCAAACACCAUAGUUGCGCAGCUUCUUUACCUUGAUGCUGUUGAUCCUCAGAAGGAUAUUGUCAUGUAUGUAAACUCUCCAGGAGGAUCAGUUACAGCAGGUAAUGCAAUAACUUGUCACUGCAUGGUAAUGUCUGAUUCUUCUUCGGAAAAAUUUGGCUUUCUAACAUUUCAUCUAUUCCUCAUUACUAAAGGAAAGAGAUAUAGCUUGCCUAAUUCAAGAAUAAUGAUUCACCAACCUCUUGGUGGAGCUCAGGGAGGGCAAACUGACAUAGAUAUUCAGGCAAAUGAAAUGCUGCAUCACAAGGCUAACCUGAAUGGGUAUCUUUCUUACCACACUGGACAAAGUUUGGAAAAGAUUAACCAGGACACAGACCGCGAUUUUUUCAUGAGCGCAAAAGAGGCCAAAGAAUAUGGACUGAUAGAUGGUGUCAUAAUGAAUCCUCUCAAAGCUCUCCAGCCGUUAGAAGUUGCGGUUUGAACUGCGGAGUUGAGAUUUUUCACUUCAAGGUAAAACCAUCAAAGCGUACUUGUUAGCUAAGAACAAUCUUCUUGGCUGCUGAGUCCAAUUUAAUUAUGCUAUCCAUGUUGGUAUUCAUGUAAUUACGUGCCAAAAAGUUCAGGUAAAAAUUGAUCAUAGGAUGUGCCUUUACCCUUGAAGCUCUUAUCUUCACUCUGGAGAUAACAGGGCAAUCUUUCUUAUAUCUUUUAUUUUCAGCUUAUUGUUGUAUUAUUCUUAGAGAAACCAUGAAAUGGCCUUUCUGAAGAGGUGUUUUUCGGACAUAGUAACGGCGUUGUAGUUCUUACCGGGGGAAAAAGAAAAUCUUGAUUUGUA